UAUUACGUGAGAGUACGCUCCGCUGAAGUAGCUCCUAAAAUUAUCUGCUCAUUAAUACGUAUGCUUAAUCUGUAGUGUGUUUGACAUUACUGCACAUAGUAUGAACGGUACGACAAACUUUAGACCCGCUGCAUAUGAACUGCAGUGAGGCAUUUUACUGUCAUUUAGAAAGAAACUACACGAAACCACAUGCACGAAAUGUGUGAUUUGCAAGCAAGAUUAUUGCACGUGUUAUUUUCCACUUCUGAAACCUUGAACAGUUUGAGCUGGGUUUAGAUUAAAUUGGACAGCUGUGUGUGGGGGGAGAGGAUAAUGGCAACUACCAAUAUAAUGGACAUGUUCGAGCCAGGCAAAGUUGUGAGAGUGUGUGCCCCUAUGGUUCGUUAUUCAAAGUUGGCGUUCAGAACCUUAGUCAGGAAAUAUGACUGUGAUAUUUGUUUCACUCCGAUGAUAAUCGCAGCUGAUUUUAUGCGGUCCGUCAAAGCCAGAGACAGUGAAUUCACGACGAACAAAGCUGACCGGCCACUGAUUGUACAAUUUGCUGCCAAAGAUGCCCAGGCGUUGGCGGAUUCUGCCUGCGUAGUUGCCCCCUUCUCUGAUGGAGUGGAUCUAAACUGUGGUUGUCCCCAAAGAUGGGCCAUGGCAGAGGGAUAUGGGGCAUGCCUGAUAAAUAAACCAGAGUUGGUGAAAGACAUGGUACGUCAUGUGAGAAAUCAAGUGGACAACCCCUGCUAUUCAGUUUCCAUUAAAAUCAGGAUUCAUAAAGACAUCAGGAAGACAGUGGACUUGUGUCAGAAGGUGGAGGCAGCCGGCGUAUCGUGGGUAACGGUACAUGGACGCACUGCGGAUGAGCGUCAUCAACCUGUCCACUAUGAUGCCAUUAAAGCUAUCAAGGACAGCUUGUCUAUUCCUGUCAUUGCCAACGGCGACAUAAAGAGCUCACGCGAUGUGGAGUCCAUACAUGAGCUCACAGGAGUGGACGGUAUUAAUGCAUUUGACCACAAGAUGACUUUGCAGUGGACUGCUGUUGCAUCCUUCCUCUAUGUGGAGAUUGGAGUCCUCCUUAUUCUCUGUCUUCCGUUCAUCUCUGCACAAAGGUGGCAGAGUAUAUUCAGGCUGAACAUUUGGAACAAAGUUGCACAGUUCUCGAACAAACUUUUUCUGACCAUGAUCAUAAUCCUGAUAGUUCUCUUCCUGGAUGCUGUCAGGGAGGUGAGAAAGUAUUCUGGGACUGAGCGCAGUAAAGAGGGAAAGCUGCACCCCAACAUGUUUGACCAUCUGCAUAUGAAACUGUUCAGAGCCCAAAGGAACCUCUACAUCUCAGGAUUUUCCCUUUUCCUCUGGCUUGUCAUGAGGAGAGUCAUCACACUUAUUAACCAGUUGGCAACAGAGGCUAUCACUAGCGCUGCCCUGCAAGCUCAGUGUGAAAAUGCCAAUCAGGCUGCUAAGAAGUACAUGGAGGACAAUGAGCUCCUUAAACAGGCUCUGCAUGGUGGUGAAGGAGAGAAGGUGAGUGCAGAGGACAAUAAGGUGCUGAAGAAAGAGGUGGAGAAGCUCACAGAGGAACUGAAGAGCUCUGAGGAUGCUCUGAGAACGUCUAAGUUGGAAUUGGAGGCCGUGAAGAGACAGGCAGAUAACUUGACAAAGGAGUAUGACCGACUGUUGAGAGAACACCAGGAGCUACAGAAUCUUCAUGCAGCCAGUGAAGAGAAGAAGGAUAAAUAAAAGACUUGUGUGUGAAACCAACAUUUACAGACUGUUCUGAGACACAUCACCGCAUGACAUUUUCACUCUUUUCAUAUGUUUGGCUGCACUUCAGAACACCAAAACUAAGGCUAGGACUCUGCAGCCCUGUGCCAUCAAUGGAUGACAGUUUCUCAGUCUUUCCUGUUCAUUCCCAGACUACCCUAUCAUAUGUUAAGUAGUGUAGCUGGUCCUAUUUCAAUCUUGUUUUGUGAUUGGCUACACAAAUAUGCUUGAUCAGCCUGAACUGGCUAUGAAUGACUAUGGACUGUGUUGGCUCAGAGCCUCAGUUGCUAUGUUUUGGUGUGUUUGCCUUCCUCUUUUGUGGUGUGUCAGAUUGAGUGUGUCACUGUGCGGUACAGUGACGCAUAUUUCUGUGUUCUCUGAAUGCUGUAGCAGCUUGAUUUACUGAAUAUAAAUGUGCACAAACUCUAUGCCCAUGUCUAGCCCCCCUUUGCAUUUUGACAAAAAAAGAGACUUUUUAAAAUGGCUGUAUUGGUGUUGAUUUUUUUACUGUCUGUAUUGUCUUCUUUCAUGUCUGAAAAGUUCAGGGCUAGAGUUACUCAAGAUGUUAGCAUGAGUGAAAUAUAGCAAAAACAAGUACCUUAAACAUUAUGACUGGUAUUUGUUCUGUCUCUUCCAAAGACUGUAGUAAAUUUCAUUCUCUUAUGAUCUUUUCUGAUAUAAAUUUAUUUUCUUACAUGCUGAAGUUUAAAUGUUUGGGUUUUUUUUUUUGUAUUCUUCACUUUAUUUGCAAAAACGUUUUCCCCUAAGGGUUGCUUUAAGACUGUUCGCCAUUUUAACGGUUUAAAGAGAGAGUACAGUUCGAGAGAAGAGAAGUCUACAUGACCAGGUUUCAGUCACUGUGCUUUAAUAAAGAAGAAAGAAACUGUGUACAUUUACAACAGGUAUCGAAGUAAAUACAUUACAAUGACGCCAUUGCUCAGACAUUGCUAAAUGUUCUGAUUUUGUGGUGUUUCAGUCAUUAGCAUGUAAGCUGGUCUGGGUGAGUCCAGAGGUAGGUUUCUCCUGAGUCUGAUAACCUGUGCUAAUAAAGUGCCCUGUGGGAUGCA